AUGCCGAAUUCUGGCGUUUCUACUGGCGUUCGUAACACUCAGGGUUUUGAAGAGUUCACAAUUGACUCUUCACACCCUUUCUACAUUCAUCCCUCUGAUAGCCCUGGUAGCCAAUUAGUUGCUAUUCCCUUCAAUGGGACAGGUUUUGUACAUUGGCGCAGUAGUAUGGUCACCUCUUUGUCUGCCAAAAACAAAUUAGGAAUGAUAACUGGGAAGGUUGCUCAACCUACUGAGGAUUCUCCUCUUUACCCCUUUUGGGAAAGGUGUAAUGACAUGGUCAAGGCUUGGAUCACUAACUUCUUGACCAGGGAAAUUGACAUCAGUGUUAUGUGUCUCCCCACUGCCAACGAGGUAUGGGGUGAUAUCAAUGAUAGGUUUGGACAGUCUAAUGGGUCAAAGUACAUACAAUUGCAGAAGGAAAUUAGUUUCACAUCUCAGGGUUCCUUUGAUAUUUCCAACUACUUCACUAAAUUGAGGAGUCUCUGGGAUGAGCUCUCUUCAGCUUAUGUUGGUCCAACUUAUACUUGCUGGGCUCUUCACAAAUUUAUUGAGAACCAGCAUCUAUUUCAGUUCAUCAGUGGUCUCAAUGACUCUUAUUCAACUGUUACGAGUAGUCUACUAUUAAUGUCCCCUUUACCAUCCAUCUGCAAAGCCUAUUCUCUUCUUCACAACUCCGACCAAAACUACAAUCAGAGGGUUAAUUCUGAUCCUAAAAAGAGCUCAGUUGCACCUGGUUUGUUCUAUGAUAAUUUCACUGGUGGUGCUUCUCCUAGACCUUUGUCUGUUGGGCCUAAUGAUCCUCAGUUUCCAGUUUAUGGGUUAAAUAGAGAACAAUUCCAGCAAUACAAUCAGCUUAAAGCUCUUUUCCAUCAAGCAAACAUUUCUCCAACAUUUCCAGCUGCAACUUCUUCUACUCCUGACCAUGCCUUUACAAUCUAG